GCAUCGCCCUCCGCGCGAAGCGUCCCCGGGGCGGCCUCCGGCUUCUCGGUUUCGGCCCAGCCAUGCUCCGUGUGCACAGCCCGCCUUCCGCCGUCCGCGUGGUGACGGCACCGAAGUCCGAACGGAGUCGAAGUCCUGCGGGCCGAGCUUCCGCGCCGUGCGGGAAGUUGCAGCUGGAUUUGGACACCGAGCACGGUUUGUUGGCCGAUGGCCUCUUGCCCUUCUCGGUCUGCCAAACGGUGACGCGCGAGAUCUGGGCCGCGGCGCGUGCCGAAGCAGAAGCCCUACACCGGAAGCAGAAGCGACGGACGACAACGAGGUUGGAGGAGAACGUCUCCGAGUGCAGCUUCCCUUUGUCUUUGGGCCCCAGUGAGCCAAGCCAAACCCAAUCCGAUGAGCAAUUGGCUGGAACGGUGCCUGCAGAAGAAGUGGUCUCUUUGGCGUUGAAGGCUUUGUCCUCCGCCCUGGAUCGUUCCGGGCUCUCGUUGCCCUCAGCGAAUGUGAGCGCUGCUGGGGGACGGCCUUCACCGGCGGAGGAUGUCGUCUUGUCUCGGGUUCGCACCUUGUCGCUGUGUGCCGUGGCCUACUGGAGAGAAGUCUCCCAGGACUUGGGCAAAGCGGCUGCAAGCCUUGCGCGGUUCUUGGAGAUGCAACGGCGGCUGUACUGGCGGAGGCCACCCUGGCGUGGGGUUAACCUAGGAGGCUGGUUGCUCUUGGAGCCUGGGCCGAGCCAUGAGCUCUUCCAACAGUUCGGCGCUCGAAACUCCCACUGCGAGUGGCAACUCCUUCAUCAGAUGCGCAACAAGCUGGGCCCCCAAAGAGCUGCCGAAGUGCUUGAGGCGCAUCGCAGUACCUUCGUCACAGAGGAAGACUUUCAGCAGAUCAAAAGCUAUGGCUUCAAUGCAGUGAGAAUCCCCUUCGGGUAUUGGAUUGUGACAGGCCCCUCGAAUGGCGAUCUCUAUGUUGGUCCGGCCCUGGACAUCCUUGACCGAGCACUUGCUUGGUGCAAGCAUUUGGGACUUCAGGUGCUCCUAGAUCUCCAUGGCGCGCCCGGCGGUGAAAGCGGCGAGACGCCCUGCGGGCGAGAAAUGAAGGAUUGGCGCUGGGAGAGGUGGCGUUUCGAGGAAUCCCUUGAGGCCUUGAAAAUCAUCGCAGAGCGGUACAAGGGGCAUCCGGCCGUGAGUGGCAUUGCUGUGUGCAACGAGCCCAGUGAGAAAGUGCCAGCGGAUGUGCUUUGCCAGUUUUACGACCAGGCGAUUCAAGCCAUUCGUGCUGCCGGCAUGCCCCCGGACGAAGUGAGCAUCGUACUUCCAGUGUAUCGGACCGAGCGCCUGGAUGAGAUUUGGCGGCUCUGGAACAAAGUCUUCGACGGCUUUGCACGACAUGCGAACGUGGCCUUCGACCUCCACCUGUAUCACUGCUUCGGUGCCUGGUGGCAACGGCAAGGCCUCAAGAGUCAUCUCAGGAUGACCAAAAGGGACCGCAAGAUCUUGCGCCGCGUCCCGGCCGUGGUGGGCGAAUGGAGCUUAGCGCUGCCGGACCGGGCGAUGGCGUCCAGCGAGAACGACGAGGAGGCCUACCGAUCCUUUGCGAGUGCUCAAUUGGAUGCGUAUGGCCAUGCUUCCCAUGGUUGGUUUUUUUGGAAUUGGCGAGACAGCCCUGAGCAUCACGGAUGGGAUGCCAAGAUGUGCCUUCAGCGGCACUGGCUGUCGCCGGUUGAAUGGAAGGACAUCCCACGGUCUCAGCGGUCCCUCGUGGGAAAGUGAUGUAAUUCAGAAUAGGAGUUCUGGGCGUGACUCUCCAGUCGUGUGUCACACCGUGGCGGUUGGAAGAUGGUUCGAUUUGUGCUGUUGGGC